AGCACCGCGUUGCUAGUGGAUAAAGAAACGCAUGAACUAGCUGAUACACACAGCAGUUCAAAUGAAGGAGUCUACCAGUAUGACAUUCAUGGUAGUGAGGGUGACAUGGCCAGAGUUGAGUUAGACGCCACCCGCGUUCAAGACUGGUACCCAUCGUACAACAUUGCCCCUACAAACUCUGCUCUUAUCGUAUACAAGGUCCAAUCCCAGGAUUCUGGAAUCAACCAAAAGUACGUUCUUGAACCCCUGAAGUUUGGCUUGCUUCCAUCAUGGGCUAGACCUAAGGAUCCAACUCCUGUUAACAAAGGCACCCCUAAUGAAGGACCACAGUACUCGCGUGAAAUCCAACGUUACCAGGGUAAGUAUUUUAAUUGUCGUCGGGAAUCGUUACAGGAACAUCAACCACAAUGGAACGCGUCAAGAAAACAUAGAUGUGUUGUCCCUAUACAGGGCUACUUCGAAUGGCUCAAGACCAAAGGAGACAAAAUUCCUUAUUAUGUUCAUUCCAAGAAAUCUGCACUUGUAUAUCUUGCUGGUUUCUACUCUCAUAAUAGUAAUUAUGAGAAUUAUAGAAAUAAUUCCGACUUCUUAUCAUCAUUCACGAUCAUCACAGCCCCAGCUUUGAAGACUGAUACUCAUGAUAUUUCUUGGCUACAUGAUAGAAAACCUGUAUUUUUGGCCCCUGGUUCUAAAGAAUGGGAUGACUGGUUAGAUCCAAGUAAGAAUUGGGAAGAUUCGAUGAUUGAAACUUGUUUGAAUUCAGCUGCAAAUAAAGCGUAUGCUGAUAUUGAAGGAUAUCCUGUUUCCAAAAAAGUUGGUGUGCCCAGUAAUAACGGAGAAGAUGUGAUUGAGAGAGUCGAAUCCAAACCUCAAGCUUCGAUUUCACUGUUCUUUCAACCACAAAAGAAGCAACCAGAACUUAAGGUUGAGCCCACUGAUGAGAAGAUUAAACAGGAAGAUGAUAAUUCCAAGAAUGAUGAUGUCGAUGUGAAAGAAGAAGAUUACUUGGAUGGAUUAGAUGCUCCUGAAAUAAACGAAGGUGAAAGUGAAGAGGAAGAACCAGUCAAACAAGAAACUGAACAAGAUGAAAAGGUUGAAGAAGAUGCAGUUGGUAAGGAAGAAAGAGAAGAAGACGCAGCAAAAGGAGACCCAGAAGCGAAAGAUGAAGUAGAACAGGAAGUUAAAGCUGACGAGGAAAGACUUGAACAAGAGGCAGCCGAAAAAGAUAAAGAAGCAGCCAAAGAAGAAGAGGGGGAUGCAGCAG